AUGCCUUCGCACCAGCCCGCCGCCGGCAUGAUGGCCGUCGACCCUGACUAUGUCAAGCAGGGCUCGCCCAUGGCCUCCAAGAACGAGCCCAACCGUAGCAAGUCUUACGACCCCAAGAAGCCUCACAUCACCGACACUCCUUUGACAAAGGCCAACUGGUACAAGCACGUCAACUGGCUUAAUGUCUUCCUCAUCGGUGGCAUUCCCCUCAUGGGUCUGAUCCAGGCUUGGUGGACUCCUCUUCGUCUUUACACCGCCAUCUGGGCAAUUGCCUACUACUUCGCAACUGGCCUCGGUAUCACUGCCGGCUACCAUCGUCUGUGGGCACACACUUCGUACCAGGCCACUCUUCCUCUCAAGAUCUUCCUCGCCGCCGUCGGUGGUGGUGCCGUCGAAGGCUCCAUCAGAUGGUGGGCCCGUGACCACCGCGCUCACCACCGCUACACCGACACCGAGAAGGACCCCUACUCAGUCCGCAAGGGUCUCCUCUACUCUCACCUUGGCUGGAUGAUCAUGAAGCAGAACCCCAAGAGAAUCGGCCGUACCGACAUUUCCGACCUCAACGACGACCCCGUUGUUGUCUGGCAGCACAAGAACUACCUCAAGGUCGUCUUCGGCAUGGGUCUCAUCUUCCCUACCCUCGUUGCCGGUCUCGGCUGGGGUGACUGGCUCGGUGGCUUCAUCUACGCCGGUAUCCUUCGUAUCUUCUUCGUCCAGCAGGCCACCUUCUGUGUCAACUCCCUUGCUCAUUGGCUCGGUGACCAGCCUUUCGACGACCGCAACUCUCCUCGUGACCACGUCAUCACCGCCAUCGUCACUCUUGGUGAGGGUUACCACAACUUCCACCACGAGUUCCCCUCCGACUACCGCAACGCCAUCGAGUGGCACCAGUACGAUCCCACCAAGUGGUCCAUCUGGACCUGGAAGCAGCUCGGCCUCGCCUACGACCUCAAGCAGUUCCGCUCCAACGAGAUCGAGAAGGGUCGUGUCCAGCAGCUCCAGAAGAAAAUCGACCGCAAGCGUGCUGAGCUCGACUGGGGAACUCCUCUCGAGUCCCUGCCCGUCAUGGAGUGGGAUGACUACGUCGAGCAAUGCAAGAACGGUCGCGAAUUGAUCAGCGUUGCAGGUAUCGUACAUGACCUGAACGCGAGCGGGGCAGCAUCGUUUGUCAAUGACCACCCAGGUGGCAAGGCCAUGAUCCGUUCUGGUAUCGGCAAGGACGCUACCGCCAUGUUCAACGGUGGUGUGUACUUCCACUCCAACGCCGCCCACAACUUGCUCUCUACCAUGAGAGUUGGUGUCAUUCGUGGUGGUAUGGAGGUUGAGAUCUGGAAGAAGGCCCAGCAGGAGAACAAGGACGCUGUUAUGGCCAAGGACUCAAACGGUCAGCGUGUCGUUCGUGCUGGCUUCCAACCCACCAAGGUUUUUGAGCCUUCUGCCACCGCUGGCGCUGCAUGA